GUUCGAACGUCCUUUCGACUGAAAACAAUCUUUGGACAGUUUUUCCAUCGAGUUGGCCAUGGGAAACUCGCUGUGCUGCGGCAUCACAAGCUACGAGGCGUACCAGCGGGAAGCAAAGCUCAAGGAAGGCGACCAUUUUCGUCGGCACACGUCGCUCUUUGGUAUGCUUCCGACGUCGGACCGCAUUUAUCUCCGCCUCGACGCGACGAGCUCGCGACUCGAGUGGACGUUGACCGACGAGCCAUCGGACGUCGCGCGCACCGAAGCAAUUCAUGUCGACCACAUCGCCAAGAUCAUGCCAAGUGGCAAAGCCAACAUCAUUUUAUACGCCGCGUCCGGCAAAAAGAUGCUGGAAGUCACCGCCAAAGACAUUCCAUUGCGAGACCUUUGGGUAAACUCUAUCGUCAAACCAUUUCAAGAUCAAAUUCAUUCGUUCGCAGGUGCAAACGUUGAUGGACGUCCUCGACGCCAGGGGGGUCAUCUUCACGUCCAACGAACUCGAGUCUGUCGACGCUCAAAUGCGCAAGCAACAAGCCCAGGACAAGCACGUGUAUUGGCAGGACCGGACCGAGAGCCUCCAGCUGCGCCAAGCGCUGGCCGCUGAAAAGAAGAAAGCAUUUGCCACCGUCGGCAUGCGAUACACUGCGCAAGCCAUGGCGAAUCGAUGCUAAUAUGCAGGGAUGGCAUGUUUGGUUUUUCGUUUUGGUUUUUCAUUUUGGUUUUUUAGAAAAACCAUUAGUUUUCAAAAAGAUUUUUCAAAUUAUAGUAAGUAACAUGCAAGUAAAUUGCAUUGUUUUAUAGUUCAUCUUCAAGUAAUGUGGAUUCGAAUUUCCAGACCCUGGUGAAUCGAAUCAUGAAUCGACACUAUUGGCUAAUCCAUAUUUGAGUGGAUUUGAUUGGCUCAGGAAGGACAAGUAUAUUCAACCAAUCAGAACGGCGUGACUCAAUAUGUACCUAGACGUAUAUUACUUAUAAAACGCGAACGCUACUAUUUCCCCCCAAAAAAACUCAUGAGGGCGCGGCGCGUCACGGUGGGCGUCGUCACCGCGCUCUCUUUCGCCAUCACGUCCACACUCACCGCCCGUUUGACGAUUUCUACACAAUUACCUCGUCACAUAUGCUGUCACCGACGCAAUAAUAGUCCAACUCAAACCAUACGUACGGUGGCGAGGGCUCACACACGCCGCGGGCCGCUCCACGACGAUGUCUUCGGUCAAAUCGAACGUGGACUUGACCAGCACGCCCAGGAAGUCCCGAGGGGCUUUGGCCACCUCCAUGAGGACGCCAUCGGUCGACCGCACCUCCAUCGUACCAUGCCACAAGUUGGCGGCGUCGUCCCGGGCGACGGAAAUGGUUGCGCACACGCACUCGUUCCAUUUGGUCCACGUUAAAAACGCCAUCUAACAACCAACCAUUGUAAUGCACCUCCAUUCCAAACAGUUCAAUGGCAUGGGUAUUCUUAACGAUUCUACAUGCCAUCCGC